AUGACAGUCGAGAACAGCCUUGGCUCAGAGCAUUCCUCGUCAACGAGUGAGCCUUCAGUCACUGAAUCAGAUCAACAGCUAUCAGUUGUAUCGAUCGUGAAUUGCUCAUCAUCAGGCAGAGCAACAUCCACAAUAAGCCUCCCGCCCGAGGCGAAACGAUCGAAAACAUUGCUCACAAAACGGCAAAAUAUACUCAUCCAGAACAGUUGGAAAAGAGCACCGAAGUCUGGUGAGCACGUUGGCAUAAAAAUGUUUUUUAAUGUUCUGAUGGCGAGGCCGGAUGCGAAGAGUAUAUUCGGCUUGCAUAAAGUACCGAACAGUCGUCUCAAAUACGAUGUUCGAUUCCGACAGCACGCCGUCGUCUAUUUGAAAACUUUUGAAUACAUAAUUCACAACCUGAACUAUACGGAAAAACUGCGACAACAUUUUCAGGCGUUGGGACGGCGUCAUGCGCUUUUGCAAGGUAGAGGAUUCAUACCGGAAUAUUGGGAUACUUUUGAGGACGCAAUGGUACGAACAGUGAUCGACUGGGAAGGUGGUGUUAGAUCAUGUGAAACGUUAUAUUGCUGGAAAUAUUUGGUGAGAAAUUUUAUUCCGUUGAUUCCGCUGAAUGGUACUCGAAUAAUGCUGUCCGAAUUGUGUAUUCCCAAGAAAGUGUUGACUAAAAAGUUUUCGAAAUUAAUUGGUUUCAUCUUCACUGAUAAGAUAGAUUGUGAGACAGUUUUUAUAUGA